CAUUCAGACCUCCAAUUGAUUUAAAGACACUCCACUCAAUGCCUACGGCACGGUGGCGGUUCUGUCGCAUCAGUCUAUUACCCUUCUCUUCCUCAUCAGGAAGUAUAGCAGCAAUACGCCCUCCACGAAGCCAUUGCGGCUUAGUGGGGUUAAUUCGUUGCCGUAAAGUCACGCCUUGCCAGCGGAGCUGCCGCCAUGGAGGCGCUACUAGCAGAUUCCACAGAGGAUGAAGUGGAUGAUGCCUUAGAAGAGUUGGGAGCAUUGGGGUGUGCGAUGCAGGGCACGACAGUUACCACGGACAUGCCGAGCCAGCAGACACCUGGCGAAAUGCCCGCCCCCAACGCGGGCGAUGCGGAGGCCCCCAGUGAGGUAUUGUGCACGGGCCAGUCUCCCCGUGCCUCCGCUGCAGUUCGGCCCAGCGACCGCAGCGACGGCGCUGCGCAGCCAGUGGAGCCGGAGGUGGCAGGCCAGGCCGCCGCAGCCGCCGCCACGGCGGGCGGCUCAGCGGACAGCUGCGGAAGCCCGGUCCCGUCUGCAGGCACCGCUGCCGCUGCGGAAGCCGAGGAGGACGACAGCGAGGCCAUCCCGAACACGACCACGAGCCCGAGUAGUCCUGGCUCGCCCGAGGACGCAGCGGACGACGCGGCGAGCGCCGCGCUCGCCGCCACGCCCGCCCCCGAGCGGCCCGCGGAGGCUCCAGCGGCCGACGGCGAGGUGGAGGCGGCAGAGGCGCGGGCGGAGGAGGCUGCCGCCGCCAGUGCCGCAGGCGCCCGCGAGGGCGCCGAGGUCGACUCUGAGGUGGCCGAGGCCAACGCGGAGGCGCCAGCCGAUUUGGCGGCGGCCGCGGAGGCCGCGCUCGCCCGCGACUUCGGCGGGCAGGCGGCAGAGGCGCAGGGGCAGGAGGGCGCCGAGGUCGGCCCUGAGGUGGCCCUGGAGGCCGCAGCGGAGGCGCCAGCCGACGGGGCGGCGGGCGCGGAGGCCGUGCCCGCCCACGACCUCGGCGAGCCGGCGGCGGAGGCGCAGGCGGGGGAGGGCAUCGCCAGCGGCAGAUUGGCCAGCGGCGCCCCCGAGGGCACGGCCGACCGCGAGGAGAUUGCGGGUGAGGCCGAAGGCACGGCCGACCGCGAGGAGAUUGCGGGUGAGGCGGAGGCGCCACCCGACAGAGAGUCAUUCGCGCAGGUCGUGCCUUCCAGCGACGUCCACCGGCAGGUGGAGGAGGACAUCGCCGACGACGAUGUGGCCAGUAGCGACCCCGCAGCCGGUGCGGGCACGACGGCGGCGCCUGCCCACGGAGAGACAGGCGCCGAGACCGCACCCACCAGCGACGUCAGCAGGCAGCCGGCAGAGGCGCGGGCGGAGGGGGUUGCUGCCGCCGGUGGUGCUGCCACCGGCGCCCCCGAGGGCGAGGUCGGCCCUGUGGCAGCCGCCGAGGCCAACGCGGAGGCGCCAGCCGAUUUGGCGGCGGCCGCGGAGGCCGCGCUCGCCCGCGACUGCGGCGGGCAGGCGGCAGAGGCGCGGGGGCAGGAGGGCGCCGAGGUCGGCCCUGAGGCGGCCGAGGCCGCAGCGGACGCGCCAGCCGACGGGGCGGCGGGCGCGGAGGCCGUGCCCGCCCACGACCUCGGCGAGCAGGCGGCGGAGGCGCAGGCGGGGGAGGGCAUCGCCAGCGGCAGAUUGGCCAGCGGCGCCCCCGAGGGCACGGCCGACCGCGAGGAGGUUGCGGGCGGGGCGGAGGCGCCACCCGACCGAGAGGCGUUAGCGGAGGUCGUGCCUUCCAGCGACGUCCACCGGCAGGCGGAGGAGGGCAUCGCUGGAGACGAUGUGGCCAGCAGUGACCCCGCGGCCAGCCCCUGUGCGACGGCUGCGCCUGCCCACAGAGAGACAGGCGCCAAGGACGCGCCCAACAGCGGCGUCUGCGGGCAGUCGGCAGAUGCGCGGGCAGAGGAGGGUGCCGCCGUCGCUGGCAGUGCUGCCCCAGGCGCCCCCGAGGCCAAUGCGGAGGAGCCAGCCGACUGGGUUGCGUGCGAUGAGACCGUGCCCGCCCGCGACCCCGGCGGGCAGGUGGCAGAGGGGCAGGAGGGCGGCUCCCCUGGAGGCGGUGCCAUCAGCACUCCCAAGGGUGAGGUCGGCCGGGAGGGGGCAGAGGCCGCCGCGGAGGUGCCGGAAGACGGGGCGGCCGAGGCCACCGCGGAGGCCGCGGCGCCCGGCGACUUCAGGGGUGCGGUGCAGGCGGAGGGCGACGUCUCUGCGGCCGGCACUGCUGGCGUCCCCGCCGCGGAGCGCAACACGGCCGAGAGCGAGGUGGAGGCGCUGGCCGACUGGGAGGCUGGCGCGGAGGCCGCCCCCUCCGGCGAGGAGCAGACGGACGACGGCGGCGAGGGCGGGGAGACGGACGCGCCCCCGAGCGCGCACAGCGGCCGCGGCCCCCCCGCGGCCAGCCCGCCCGCCGCGCCUGCUCACUGCGCGGAGCCCGCCAGCGCCGCCGCGGAGGCCCAGCGCGAGGAGGUCCGCGCGGACCGCCCGCCUCGAGAGGACGGCGGGGGCGAGGUGCACGCGGCGGGCGACGGCGCGAGCCCCGCGGGCGAAGCGGCCGGCAGCGCCGCCGCCGAGCCCGCCCUCGAGCGGCUCGCAGCGGCCCGGGGGGUCGAUGGCGAGGGGGCGGAGACCGCCUGUGAGCCGCCCAUGGGCGCCGACCGCGUCGGAGAGACACCGGCGGACCACGGCGUGGAGUCCCCGUCGGAGGCACAGGUGGAGGAUGACAUCGUUGCCAGCAGCGCCGUCGGCGGGCAGGUGGCGAUGCUGGCCAAAAUGGAGGCUGGCGUGGGAGCCACGUCCACGGUCGACGUCUGCGAGCAGGCGGAGGAGGCGCACGCGGAGGAGGACGCCGCCAAUACCGCUGAAGGCGCCUCCGACCACGAGGUGGCCGAGGGCGGAAUGGAGGCACCGGCUCGCGGGGGGAUGGGCACCGAGGCCGCGCCUUCCGCCGGGGUUAGCGGGCGAGCGGAGGCGGAGGCGGACAAGGCAAUCGCCAUGGCCGUUGCCGCCGCCUUGGCGAGGGGCCACCCCGGGAGCGCGGAGGACGGCGAGCUGCCCGCCGGCGAGGCGCAGGGGAGGAGCGCCCAGCCUGUGGCCCCGCUCUGCUCGGACGCCGUGCAGGCGAGCUCUCCCUGCAGCGAGGCGCGCGAGCUCUCCGCGAGGAAACGCGCAGCGGCCCCCGAGCAUCGCCAGGAGCCUGAAGCUGACGCCGCGGGCGCCAGGCCAGACGCGCCAGAGGCCCCCGCGAGCCGCCCUGCGAAGGCGGCGCGGGUGGCCUCCCUGACGGCGAGGGUGGCGUCGGCCCUCGCGUACUGCAUCGAUGGCGUAGCGUCCGCGUGCGACAGCGUGGCCGCGGCCUGCGGGACGUGCCACGGCCCGGAGGCUGCCCGCGCAGAGCUGGCGCAGGCCGAGGCGGCCGCGGCCGAGGCAGCGGCGGCCGAGGCGGCCGCCCCGGCCUCGGAGGGGAGCCCCGGCACUCCCGCGCGGGAGUGCUCGGGCCUCCAGCUCGGCCUCUGGGACGAGUCCGAGCGGACCCCGGGCGAGGCUGGGGCCGGCCCGCCGGGCCUGCCGGGCAGCCCGCAGAUCGCCGGGAAGGCGCAGUGGAUGCUGGAGGCCGAGGAGAUCUUCGGCCCCAUCGACUCCCAGACGGCGGCGGCCGUGUCCGGCGCGGCCGAGGGCGCGCCGCCGGCCGCGCUGGAUGGCGCCGGCCUCGGCCUCGUGCCCGUCGCCGCGGCCGCGGCUCCGCCGGCCAAGCCGGCCGCCGCGCCCAGCAGCGCCGGGGCGGGGCUGUGCCUCGUGCCCCUGGGCGCGGCGGCGGCGCCCGCCGGCGGGCGCGGGCCCACGCUGGUGGAGCUGCCGCUGGCCGUGUACUGCGCCGACGAGCCGAGCGGGGAGGGGCCGCAGGCGCGGCGCUCCUCGCGGGUGCGCGUGCAGACGCUGCAGAGCUGGCGGAGCGAGCGCGUCCUGUACGAGAGGCUGCCUGGCUCGACGGCGCCGACCGUACGAGGCCGGCUGGCAGCAGGAGACUCGGCAGCCCAAGCCCAAGCAGGCGAGGAAGCGCGCGCGCUCCCGCAGCGGCCCAGGGGCCGGCGUCAAGCGCGCCGCUGCCCGGGGGCGCGGGCGGGCGGGCCAGGCAUCGCCCGCGGUGAUCAAGUGCGACUCCAGCCCGCCACGCACGGGGCGGGGCGCCGGCAAGCGGGGGGCGCGGGCCCAGCAGGAGUCAGCUCGGAAGACGCGCCGGGGUGCGGCGGCGGCGGUCGCCGCGGCGGUGGCCGCCGGCUGCCACGCGGGCGGAACGGCCUGGCGCACGGCCAAGGCCGAACGCAGCCGCAAGGGCAACCUGGCGGCCACGGUUGACUUCAGCGCUCUGCGGGUGCCGACGGCUCCGAAGAGCGCGGCGCUGGGGACCGACGCGGCGAGCCCCGCGCGAAAGCGGUGGGCUAUCGGCGCGAGCGGCAUAGGCGGAGUGCCCUCCAUCCCGCGGAGCUCUCGCACGGCAGCCCAACCUGCCCCCACAACCCCACCCGGGAGGACGGCUGGCCCCGCUGAGUCUUGCAGCGCCCUGGUGCCAGUCGAGCCGCGACACUCUGACAGGGGCAGGGCUGUGGCAUCUGAGCCUUUCGGUGCGCCUUUGGACGAUCUACUGGGCUCGCACGAUCUGCGGCCAGGCAGAGCUACUCUCCCGCGCAGCCGGCCUCGUGUGGAGGGUGUUCCCACGAGCUGCGGUCAGGCAGAGGCACGUUCUGAGCCAGUGGCAGCUGUGGAAGGGCGUGGCCGUGCACGGGUCCCAGAGCGCUUGCAAGGCCGCUCGCGCAGUCGAGGUCACACAGAUGGAGGGGCCGUUCGCAACAGCAGCAGCAGCCAUAGGAGCGGGAGCAGCGACGCAACGGCCACACGGGCGUUCCAGCCACGGCCACCGCAGGGGCCACCGCUGACGCACGGGUUGCCGUCGCACCGGCAGCAGGAGCAAGAGGAGGAGCACCACGCCCGGCACCAGCAGAGCCAGCAGCAGAAGCAGCCGCCCCUCCGGCCGCUGCAGCCGCCGCCCCAGCUGCCGCAGCACCAGAAGAAGCAGCGCCCCAGCCCUGGACCCCGUGCACCAGACCUCGGCCCGCCCAGCACCCUCCGCAGGCCGGCGGGCGCGCGUGGGGAGCCUCGGGCGGCGGACGCCCCCUCGCGGAGGCACCCGCAGCCGCCGCGGGAGGCUCCCGACGCGCCCGCCGCCCGGCGGCCCGCCGCAGCAGCCCCGCGGGAGCAC